ACGAAGCUGCCGCCUGUGGAUCUCUCUCUCCUCCAGGAUACAAACAAAAGAAAACCCAUCAGACUUUUAUACCUCCAUCUCCCCUUCACACAGACACACACACCCACAUUUGUAGAUUCUGCCUCUCCUAACCUCACACACGUCCUCUGUCUCUCACUGUCGUCUGUCUCCUUACAUGCAAACACACUCAUUCUUCUCCCAGACAGAAGAGCAGUAAAAGGGAUUGGCGUGGUUCUUGGUGUUUGGCUCCUGGUCUCUGGCUCAGAGGGAGCAGAGCGGCAGAUGGCGAUGUGAAGACGGGCUCAGCCAGAUUUGACUCUGCCUCACAAUGGCUGACAACGGCUGGUUGCCACAGGAUACAGGAUUUAACUUGAUCAUGUGAUCUGACUCCCCUCCCCAGUUCCCUGCCAUCUAUCAUAGGGGGAUCAUGACUCGCCGGCUGAGCUCCACUCGUUCCCACACCGAGGACUCCAUCUUCCUGAGGCCAGAUGAAGACCCCGUCUGGCUGGAUGAGCCCACAAAGACUGAAAAACUAGGCGACGGAGGCCCUAAAAAAGACAGGCUCCCAAAAUGCAAAGACGGACCGGCAGGGGGCUCAAACCCACAGGGAGAGGAAGUGUUUAUGCACAAGGUGUAUGCACUGGUGAUUGAGAUCCACUGCUGGGCUGCACUGUUUGUCAUCUCCCAAGUCACGGGGUACUGGGUGUUUUUUGUGGUGGAAGGAAACGGACCGCUCUCUUCCAUCUACAAAGCCCUGCAGGUCAUCGACUUCUACCUUGGCUUUAUUUUACCCUGCUACCCGAUUUUUGGAAUGGACUCCAUGGUGUUGAUGAGGGAGGUUGUAGACACCAAACAGCACAACUGGAUUGUCCAUGGAACUGCAGGGAUCGGUGUGGCCAUCUGUGUUAUCAUGGUCGUCCACAUGGUGUGUAAGUGGCGUUAUGGCACUGGCUUGUGGUCGUCAGGAACAGUGUCGCGAGACAUUGGUGAUCGGCGUCAGUCCGUGAGCCGUCAGCCCUCCUUCACCUUGUCAGAGUGGACGGACGCUCAGGAGGAUCUGCUGGACAUGGACCCCGUGCCCCAGACGCCAGUCUUUGAAAUGGGCACUGACACCAGGACGGAGGGAGACGCCGCCACCCUCACUGUCACAUCUGUGGGGCUUCAGGAGAGGAGGGGCUCCAAUGUUUCCCUGACCUUGGACAUGUGUACACCAGGCUGCACUGAGCCCUACGGCUACGGAGCCCAGCUCUCCCCUAGAGACCAGUCCGCCCAGGAGUACCUCCGACAGGGAACACACAUCCUGACCCCUGCCAUGCUACACACACGGGCCAUGGAUGACCAGAGCCUGCAGGCUGAGUUUUAUGAAACUCCCAUGAACUUUGUGGACCCUAAGGAGUACAACUACCCAGGGCUGGUGAGAAAGAACCGCUACAAGACCAUCUUACCCAACACACACAGCAGAGUGAUCUUGAAUUCACAGGAUGAAGAUGAUUUCCUCACAACCUACAUCAAUGCUAAUUAUCUCAAAGGUUAUGGCGAUGAGGAGCAUGCGUACAUUGCCACCCAGGGUCCCACCGUGAACACAGUGGGAGACUUUUGGAGGAUGGUGUGGCAGGAGAGAAGCCCAAUCAUAGUGAUGAUCACCAACCUGGAGGAGAAAAACGAGAAAUGUGCAGAGUACUGGCCUGAGGACACUGUGACCCAUGAGGGCAUCGAGAUCACCGUUGUCUCUGUAACCCAGGAGGAUGACUACAGUCUGAGGGUCUUUACUUUGAAGUGUGGGGGAGAGGAACGUAGUCUGCGGCAGUACUGGUACACCUCGUGGCCUGAUCAGAAGACUCCAGAUAAGGCUCCACCUCUUCUGGAACUGGUGCAGGAAGUGGAAAGGGCCCGAGAGGAUGCCCCGCCCUCCAGUGGCCCUAUAAUUGUCCACUGCAGUGCUGGAAUUGGUCGAACCGGCUGCUUCAUCGCCACCUCCAUCCUGUGCAAGCAGCUGAGGACUGAGGGUGUGGUUGACAUCCUGAGAACCACCUGCCAGCUCCGUCUGGACAGGGGUGGGAUGAUCCAGACGUGCGAGCAGUACCAGUUUGUGCAUCACGUCCUCAGCCUGUAUGAGAAGCAGCUGUCUCACACAGCUGAGGAGUAGAGUGAGCACUACAGCCACACCCAGACCGACCGAGACACACCACUGUACACUGUACCGCCUCUGGUGGUAUGCACCACUGUACCUAGCAUCAUCUCAAUCUCACCCUUUAACAAGUUCAAACCAUGCUCUCUUUUCUUCACCCAAGAUAGGCUCAUUCAGACAGGACUGAACAGUUGACAUGAAAUCUGUGCUUACUGUAUGUCUUUGAGCGGAACAACAUAGGGAGAUGGGAUUUGAAAUAGCCCCCUCAAAAAUCCAGAUCAGGCACUAAAGUGUCAUCGAUCCACACAGUCCUGGAGAGUCGUAACAGUCAGGCCCGAAAUAAUCCAACCCCGCACUCCCGACAUCGCUUCAUUUGCACUGCUGGGGUUUUUUAUCACGUUACUGUACAUGAGUCUCAGUCAUCAAAGCCUCAUUUAGUACUUGGUCUGAAAUUCCCCCCCACACACACACUAUAAUCAGAUCACCUGCAGCAGUGUCAGUUUGCUGUAAAGAGGAAAUUCAAGUUCAAUGUCCCAAAGUUAGUGUCAAUAAUAAGGAGCCUUUACAGUAUAAAUGCCAGCAUAAUUUAAAUCUACAGAACUUAUCACAUGCCAGCCUAAUAUGAUAUACUAUAUAGAUGUAAAGGUUCACAUAAAAUAUAAGUUAACUAACCUUUAUUUUUCAUUGACUCUCAUUGACUCUCACUUUUAAUGUAAAAAAUCAUUACAGAAGGCCUGUUUCAACUUUUGAUGCAUUCAGGAGCCGCCUCAUCUUCAGGUUGCAUGGUGCUAAGUGUUCAUUAAAGGCAUGUGCAAUGUUAUGGAACAUAGGAAUGUAUAUCAAUUAGGUUAUUAAUUAACUAAUUAGGAUUUCUGUGCAAUCUACAGUAUUACAGUUUUACCAUGCUGCCUGUGCAGUCCUCAUGGUCCAUGAUGUUUACAGUAAACAACUCCUGCAUUAAGGCCACAUAGAUGUACACUCAGAGGUGUCACAGAGCUGGUGACACUGAGGGGGCCAGAAAUAAGAAAAAUCCCUGCAAAGCCCAAUCAAAGCUCUGGAGAAAUCUGACAUAUAUACAUACAGGGAUACGUAAUGCAGAGGAAAGCAAAACAUUACGGUCACAUACAGCUACUUGUAAAUGUCCCAUUACUAUCAUGACGCUUGUUGCCCUCAGAGUUACAUUCUCUGUGAUGCCUCUGCUUUCAACAGUAGCUUGAACACAUCCGUGAAGUAAGAAGCCCAUGAUUGUUGUAUAGACAGGCCAGGCCUAAUCUGUAUGAAGCACAAUAGACCAACUAAGGUUGUCUCUGAUGUUGAGCUGUAAAAGUUCUUUUUUUUCUCCGUAUUGUGUUUUGAUUGUGUUGAGUUUAAUGGAUUGCAUGUGCUGUAUGGGACUCCAUAGGUCCACAAUCAAAGCGAUGUGAUUGGUUGUCCUGCUUUUUGUUGUGUAAAAGGGUUUAAGCCUAUUAUAUUGCUUGCUCUCGGCCAAUGCUUUUGAUACAGUUUGCUUUUGUGAAACCAACCAGAGAUAUUUUUAGAACAUUUUGAUACAAUCCUUUCGAGUAGAUGCCUUGUGUAUAUUUCCGUUUACACCAUGAUGGAAUGUAGCUCAUACUGUGGAUCAAACCAUCGGUUUAUAUUGCAAGAUUUGACAGAACAAAAUGUGACAACUACCUAAGUUACCUUACAGUACAGAAAAUAAAUAGAUUAUGUUCAGUCUUCAGUAUUAUUACUUUAUGCCUUUAGGCUUUGCUUUAAUAUGCUUUGCUUUGUGUGUAUGUUUUUCAUCGUUUUCUUGGAGAAUUUUACCUCAGACUGAGUUUCUACACAGUCCCCACUCGAUUCCAUCUGUGACUCUAGGCCACUCUCAGUUGACAACACGAGAAAUAAUUGCUAUGUGUAAGGCAGCUAAAACAGUGAAGACAGUUUUCUAUGUAACAAAAGUCACACUCAAACAACUUCUAUCUUGACUUAAUGCAUCAGAUUAACAGUCAUGAACAUUAUCAGAGGAUGGAAUUACCUGCGUGGGUUCGGACCAAUUUAUAAACAUCAAAUCAAGCAAAUUAAACUGCCAAAAUGACCUUUUAUAGGAAAAUAGGACUGGGAUUGAUAAGAAAAGCAACAAUCUAUUGUCAGACUUUUGACAUAAUCCUCUGAUAAUGUCCUUGACUGAAAAGCUUUUAUUUUAAGUGCUUGUUUUCAAUGCUUAUAUACCUGGUCCUCUUCUGAAGAUCAAAACGGGGAUAACGAAAUAGUCAGUCAGACAUACAACCAACCAGCAAUCAGUAUUCCUCUCCUCUCCUACAGUAUUGCUUUAAGUUGUGAG